AUGAUUAGAACCAUCGUGUUCACUUCGCUGGUAAUCACAGUCUUAGUGUAGCCUCCCAAUACCUUUUUGUACUUUUGCAGACACUUGUCAGCGUGUUCGGCUCCAUUGACAUCUGUGAAUACUACAAACUCAUUGGAAAACUGCACGAGCACCCUGAGUGUGCCCGUCAGUUUCCAACUCCUUCGCCCACAACCGCUGCUCCCAGAAUCGGGUUUUGUUCCAGGCAAGAGCUCGUACGCUUCCAGCUCCCCCGUCAAGUGCCUUUUUUCAGUUCUGCUGCUCUCAUCCAAUGUACUGCUGACGCCCAAACCUGUCCCCUGUCCGGCCAAGUUUGCAUCCAAUCCGACGGGAACAAGUGUUGCCAGAUUGUGACUGCUGGUGAGUUCUGGCCCACUUCAAUGCUUUUCAUCACACCAAAGUAGUUGUUGAGCUGAAGAGCCCAUCAGCUGCAAAGAAGCGAAUUCAUGAGUAUUUGUCUCAAAAGGAGGGUUCAUGAUCAUCAAAUCAUAUUAUUUGUGUUGCAUGUUAGCAAAGCAAACGCGGUCAAAUAGGAAAAGGCAUGGGGGCGCGAAAGAUCACAUCAAAACAUGCCUACGCAAACAGGCGUGCCGCCCCGGAUUAUGACACUUUUUGCGCGGCGCCGGGCGACACUCGGCAAACAGGCAAGCAGCAAAGAGCCAUGUUUCAGGAAUCCCGGCCUCGGAAAUCAACUCAAAGUCUGGAUCCUGCCCGCGUCCGCUCGGCAUCUCCGUCCUCCAGGACACCACCAUCGGAUGCUGGAUGGACUCGAACUGCCCCGGCAUCCAGAAGUGCUGCGUCGAGCCGAACCCGGUGACCAACUCGGCCACCAGAAUUUGCAGAGAUCCGGUCGGAAUUGCCAGUAAGAAAAGUAAGCAUCGGCUGAAUUGCUCAAAAGUCAUUUCUCUUCAGGCACUUCGAUCUGCUCGCUGCCCCUCGCUGUCGGCUCGUGCACCGCUCCGGCCGUCCGUUUCUACUACGACGCCUCUUCCGGCCGUUGCAACCAGUUCAUGUUCAGCGGCUGCGGUGGGAACGCGAACAACUUCCAGUCGCUGGCAUCCUGCCAAGCCACGUGCGGCCAGAGCGGAGUGACCGGAACUCCGGCCUGUCCAGCCGACGCCAACGCCGGACUCAACUGCCUUUUCGCUCACGCCGACGCCUGCAACAGCGACAGCGACUGCCUCGGACGCGAGAAUACGGUAACCAAAUAGUCUCAAUCUUGAAGUGAUGAGUAAUGAGAUUUCAGGCUCAGCCGUCGUGUUGUAUGACCAGCUGCGGAUACAAAAUCUGCUACCAAUACUAG